ACAUUCGUUGAUAGUAUGCAACAGCACCACCACCAUCAGCUGCACUCUUGGCGGCGAUCGUCGAUCGUAGGCUUCGAUCGCGCUGUCGCAGUUAUCGUUCGUGUCACAUGUAACUCGGGUCGGCGAUGCGACCGCUGAAGUCGGAAACGGCGGACAACGUCGCGUCUGUCCGAUCUCGCGUACGUCCGCAGACAUCAACAACGAUGUGGACCAGCAGCUUGGCCGUUAUUGUGUGGCUGUUGACCAUGACUUCUGUAUCUGCCAAAUAUCCUGUUAUCCUAGUUCCAGGUGAUGGUGGUAGCCGCAUUGAUGCUAAAUUGAACAAACCCAAUGUCGUUCAUUACUUAUGUGAUAAAAAAACAAAUGAUUACUCUAACAUUUGGUUAAAUCUCGAAUUGUUAGUACCAUAUGUGAUAGACUGCUUGAUAGAUAAUAUGAGACUGAUAUAUGACAAUGUUACCCAUACUACUCACAGUCCUCCAGGUGUAGACAUAAGAGUACCUGGAUGGGGAAAUUCUUCUGCUGUGGAAUAUAUUGACCCUAGUUUAUCUACAUUUGGUGCAUACUUUAAGAGUGUUGGUGAUACAUUAGUUGGCACUGGUCUCGAACGAGAUGUUUCUAUUCGAGGAGCGCCUUAUGAUUUUAGAAAAGCACCUAAUGAAAAUACAGAGUUUUUUGUAAAACUGAAGAUACUAACUGAAGAAACAUACCAAAAAAAUAAUAAUACACCAGUUGUAUUCAUUGUACAUAGCAUGGGAGGAUGUAUGACAUUAAAAUUUUUGCGAGCUCAAACACAAGAGUGGAAAGAUCAACACGUCAGAGCAAUGGUUUCAUUAGCUGGCGCUUGGGGAGGAGCCGUUAAAGCACUAAAAGUGUUUACUGUAGGUGAUGAUCUAGGUGUUUAUGUUCUUAGUGGUAGUGUUCUAAAAGCUGAACAAAUUACAUCGCCUAGCUUAGCAUGGCUUCUACCAUCCCCAUAUUUUUGGAAAUCAGAUGAAGUAUUAGUAGAAACUGAUACAAAAAAUUUCACAGUGGCAGACUAUAAAUCAUUUUUUGAAGGCAUAAACUACAUGACUGGCUAUAAUAUGUACUUGGACGUUAAACAGUACAUGGACUUUGGACCACCCGGUGUAGAAGUCCAUUGUUUACACGGUGAUACAAUUCCAACAGUUGAAAAAAUGAUAUUUGGACCAGGUAAAUUUCCACUCAAGUAUCCUAAAUUACAAUAUGGUAAUGGUGACGGCACAGUUAAUUCUAGAAGUCUUGAAGGUUGCAAUUAUUGGUCAAGUAUGCAAAAACAAAAAGUUUUUCAUCAAGUAUUCCCAAAUGCUGACCAUAUGACAAUCUUGAGGGAUGAACGAGUAAUGGAUUACAUUGCACAGCUCAUGGAAAAACUAUAGAUACCUAAUUAUCUUUAACUUAAGUCAUUAUUUAGGAUGUUUAAUAUAAUAAUUUAAUGAUAGUUGAUGUGUUCAUUUAAAUAGUUAUUUAAGAAAAUCUGUAACAAUAAAA